AUGGCGGACGGAGACUUGACGCGCGUUCCCGACGUGGAUAUCGACGAGGCCGACGGCGUCUUCAAGUACGUCCUCAUCCGCGUCACGGCGCCGGGCGCCGGGCCGGGGAAGGACGUCGUGCGCGGCUACGCCUGGGCCGAAUAUCACGGUGAGGGGACGCGGGCGCAGAAUGCCGGGGGCGAAUUCUGAUUGGCCGAGGCGCAUGCACGUCAACAGCGGAGGUGGGGAGAGAACGACUGUGGAGGUUUCCGAUUGGGCGAGGCCUAGGCGAGGCGGGGAGAGAAGGACGGUUGUGGGUUCCGAUUGGGCGCGGCCGGGAUGGAAUGCCGGUUGCGCGUUCCGAUUGGGCGAGGCGCAGGCAAGUGGACAGUGCAGGCGGGGAGAGAACGCCGGUUGCGGGUUCUGAUUGGGCGAGGCGGGGAGCGGUUGCCGGUUCUGAUUGGGCGAGGCGCAGGCAUGUGGCUAGUGAAGGCGGGGAGAGAACGACGGUGGCGGGUUCCGAUUGGACAAAGCGUAUGCUUGGGGCGGUGAUGGAACGCCGGUUGCGACUUCCGAUUGGGCGAGGCGCAGGAACGUUAUAUAGUGGAGGCGGGUUGUGUGUUCAGAUUGGGAGAGACGUGGGCGAGGCGGGGAGAGAACGCCGGUUGCGGGUUCCGAUUGGGCGAGGCGCAGGCUGGUGGAAAGUGAAGGCGGGAUGGAUCUUAGGUAGCGACUUCUGAUUGGGUGAGACGUAGUGACGGGCACAGAGAAGGCGGGGCUAGAACGCCGUUGCGGGUUCCGAUUGGGCGAGGCGUAGGCAUGUGGAUAUUGAAGGCGGGGAGAGAAGGACGUUUAUGGAUUCCCAUUGGGCGAAGCGGGGAGAGAGCGGGUUCCGAUUGGACGAAUAUUAUUACCAUAUUAUUGCGUUAUUAUUAUUAUUAUUACUAUUAUUUCCCUUCUAGCCGACAUCUAUGACCGGAUCUCGGAGGAUCUCUCCCGGCUGGGCUUUGAGUGCGAGUGUCUGGGCGGCGGGCGGAUCUCCCGCCAGAGCGGAUCCCGCAAGAUCCACGUCUAUGGCUACUCCGUGGUGAGUGAAUCUCCAUCCUAGAGGGGACUACAAUUCCCAUCAUCCCUUACCGCUAGCAAAGGAUCAUGGGAGUUGUAGUCCCAAAGAGCUGGGGAAAAAUACAGUUCCCAUCAUCCCUGACAGCUGGGCCGGCUAGCAAAGGAUCAUGGGAGUUGUAGUCCCAAAGAGGUGGAGGGAAACUACAAUUCCCAUCAUCCCUGACAGCUGAGCUGGCUGGCAAAGGAUCAUGGGAGUUGUAGUCCCAAAGAGCUUGGAAAAACUACAGUUCCCAUCAUCCCUGACCAAACAGUGGGGAAAACUACAAUUCCCAUCAGCUCUGACAGCUGGUCUGGCUAGCAAAGGAUCAUGGGAGUUGUAGUCCCAAACAUUGGGGAGAACUACAAUUCCCAUAAUGCAUAACCAGCUGGACCAGCAGUCAGGGAUGAUGGGAAUUGUAGUUUUUCCAGCCAGCUAGGGAUCAUGGGAGUUGUAGUCCCAAAGAGCUGGAAAAACUACAGUUCCCAUCAUCCCUAGCUAGGGAUUAUGGGAGUUGUAGUCCCAAACAGAUGGAAGAAACUACAAUUCCCACCAUCCCCAGACUAGUCCUGUUAGUUAAGGAUCAUGGGAGCUGUAGUCCCAAAGAGCUGGAAAAAACGACGAUUCCCAUGAUCCCUGAUCUCUGGUCCAGCUAGCUAGGGAUUAUGGGAGUUGUAGUCCCAAACAGCUAAAAAAACUACCAUUCCCAUGAUCCCUCACUAGCCGGACCAGCGCUCAGGGAUGAUGGGAAUGGUAGUUUUCCCCGCUAGCUAGGGAUCAUGGGAGUUGUACUCCCAAAGAGGUGGAGGGAAACUACAAUUCCCAUCAUCCCUGACUGCUUGUCUGGUUAGCUAGGGAUCAUGGGAGUUGUAGUCCCAAACAGUGGAAAAAACUACAAUUCCCAUAAUGCAUAACUAGCCGGACCAGCGGUCAGGGAUGAUGGGAAUUGUAGUUUUUCCAGCCAGCUAGGGAUCAUGGGCGUUGUAGUCCCAAACAGAGGGAAAAACUACAAUUCCCAUAAUGCAUAACUAGCCGGACCAGCAGUCAGGGAUGAUGGGAAUGGUAGUUUUUCCGGUUAGUUGGGGAUCAUGGGAGUUGUAGUCCCAAACAGUGGGGAAAACUACCGUUCCCAUGAUCCCUAGCGAGCCGGACCAGCAGUCAGGGAUGAUGGGAAUUGUAGUUUUUCCAGCCAGCUAGGGAUCAUGGGAGUUGUAGUCCCAAACAGUGGAAAAAAACUACAAUUCCCAUGAGCCAUAACUAGCCGGACCAGCAGUCAGGGAUGAUGGGAAUGGUAGUUUUUCCGGUUAGCUAGGGAUCAUGGGAGUUGUAGUCCCAAACAGUGGAAAAAACUACAAUUCCCAUCAUCAAUAACUAGCCGGACCAGCAGUCAGGGAUGAUGGGAAUUGUAGUUUUUGUGGUUCACUAGGGAUCAUGGGAGUUGUAGUCCCAAACAGUGGGGAAAACUACAAUUCCCAUGAGCCAUAAGUAGCCGGACCAGCAGUCAGGGAUGAUGGGAAUGGUAGUUUUUCCAGCCAGCUAGGGAUCAUGGGAGUUGUAGUCCCAAACAGUGGAAAAAACUACAAUUCCUAUGAGCCAUAACUAGCCGGACCAGCGGUCAGGGAUGAUGGGAAUUGUAGUUUUUCCAGCCAGCUAGGGAUUAUGGGCGUUGUAGUCCCAAACAGUGGGGAAAACUACAAUUCCCAUCAUCCCUGACCGCUGGGCCGGCUAGCAAAGGAUCAUGGGCGUUGUAGUCCCAAACAGUGGGGAAAACUACAAUUCCCAUAAUCCAUAACUAGCCGGACCAGCAGUCAGGGAUGAUGGGAAUGGUAGUUUUUCCGGUUAGCUAGGGAUCAUGGGAGCUGUACUCCCAAAGAGGUGGAAAAAACUACAAUUCCCAUGAUCCCUAGCUAGCCAGACCAGCGCUCAGGGAUGAUGGGAAUUGUGGUUUUCCCACUAGCUAGGGAUCAUGGGAGUUGUAGUCCCAAAGAGCUGGGAAAACUACAAUUCCCAUGAUCCCUAGCUAGCCGGACCAGCAGUCAGGGCUGAUGGGAAUGGUAGUUUUUCCGGUUCGCUAGGGAUCAUGGGAGUUGUAGUCCCAAACAGUGCGGAAAACUACAAUUCCCAUCAUCCAUAACUAGCCGGACCAGCGGUCAGGGAUGAUGGGAAUGGUAGUUUCCCGCUAGCUAGGCAUCAUGGGAGUUGUAGUCCCAAACAGCUGAGAAACCUACAAUUCCCAUCAUCCCUAGCUAGCCGGGCCUGAUGGGAAUUGUAGUUUUCCCCCUAGCUAGGAAUCAUGGGAGUUGCAGUCCCAAACAGCUGAGAAAACUACAAUUCCCAUCAUUCCUGCGAUUAUUCUUACUGCAUUUUCUUGCUUGAUGUCACAAUUAAAUUAUCAUCAUCAUUUUAUUAAUCUUAUUGAUUAUUAUUUUUAUUAAUUACGACUAAUUAGUAUUAAUUAUCUUGUAGGGUUUCGGGCGCGCGCCGCAUUCCGUCACCACCGAAAAACUGGGCGCCGCUUUCCCGGACUACCAAGUCACCUGGUCGGACGACGGCUACUGA